GCGAGGGGCUACGGGGAUUCACUAAAAGAGAGAGGGGGAGAGAGCCCAGCGGGUGGGCGCACAAAGCGAGCUGCGGUGUGGACACGGCGAGGCCAGGCCUGCGAGGAGGAGACUCACAGGGUCAGACGGGCCUUAAUGGGCAGGCAAGGCACCGGAGACAACCGUCAUAACGAAUACGAAAUAUAAAGACACUGUGAGGGGUAAAGGGGACAAAAAUAUAACGAGGACUUUUCUGCUCAUCCCCCCGAAAUCAUAUUGCCCAGUGCACUUCCACCAUUUUACCGGGAAAAGUACAGUUACAUUAAUUAUAUGUAUUAGUGUCACUUCACACCGCCCGCCUGGGAAACACACCUUCAUUCUGCCCUCCACACUCCACCAACUCGGUUCCGACUUUGUCCGAAUUGAAAUCCGAAACCGAAUCGCAAGAAAACAAAACAGAACGACUCUGGUAUUCCCAGAUGUCCAAACUGCUAAAAAGUUGACCCUGUGAAAUCAUCUGAACACCAAUAGAGCUUCCAAGUCCCCCAAAAACAUUAAUCAUUGAGGAUACACUCCUCUCAUACCCUGCCGCUGCCAAAUAUAAUUUAUCUGUUAACGUUCCGAAAUGUCAGACGUCAACCCAGAAGCAAUGACCGAAAAUACUCCGGCCAGCCAAAGCACACCUGUAACCAGGCCGUUGGCCAGGAGGAGAAGAGCUCCGAGGGAUGAGAUCCACGGAGAGACGCUGAAUAAUUCAUCUCGAGGCCGGAUCCCCAGAGUCUUCCAGCCAAGAACCAUUCUGGAGCGGCUUUCUGACCAGCAGAUUCUGAAGAGAUUUAGACUUAGCCGUGAGGCCAUCAUGGAUUUGUACCAGCAUAUUUCACAAGACUUGGAACCUCUGACGUCAAGAAGCCAUGCUAUUCCAGGACUGGUAAAACUUUUAGCUGUAUUGAAUUAUUUUGGUAAAUACUCAUAUCAGACAGAAACUGGAUAUGUGGUUGGGAUUAGUCAACCCUCCUUUUCACGUUGCCUCACUCAGGUGCUCAGGGCCCUAGUGGCAAGGGCCAAAGACUUCUUACAUUUUCCUCGCCAGGAUGCAGACUGGGUUGAGCUGCAGUUAGCUUUUCACAGCAUGGCAGGUAUGCCGAAGGUACUCGGUGUCAUUGACUGCACUCAAGUCGCAAUAAGGCGACCGGCUGUACGAGGGGAACAAUUUCGCAAUCACAAGAGAUUCUACUCCCUCAACACUCAGGUGGUCUGUGAUGCCCGACAACGCAUCAUGAGCGUUCGGUCGGGCUUUCCUGGUUCGUGCGAAGAUGACUACAUCCUUUGCCAGUCGGCUCUAUAUGACAACUUUGAAAAUGGACAAAUGCCGGAUGGGUGGCUUUUGGGCGAUUCAGCAUAUGGAUGUCGCCCUUGGUUACUAACUCCUGUUUUAAAUCCACGGACAGCACCAGAACAUAGUUACAAUGAGGCACACAAGACAACCCAUUUAGUAGUCACACGUACCUUUGGGGCUUUAAAAUCCCGUUUUAAGUGCCUCUCUAACCUCUUGUGUAAUCCUGAUACAGCUUCCCACAUCAUUGUUUCGUGUUGUAUGUUGCAUAACUUGGCCAUCCGCCACCAAGUGCCACUAAACAGGCAAGAUGAGUUGGUGCCGGAAGAGACCGUAUUGCCCGAUGUGUACAUGGAUUCGGAAGACGAGGGAAUGGAAGUGAGGGAACAGCUCAUAACUACAAACUUUAGUGGCACUGCGAAGGCAAGUAAGGAGACCCCGUGUAAGGAAUGAUAAUAUCCACGUUGGUGGCUAACGCAUUUCUGACCAAGAGAAUAAAAGAAGCGACUCCUUGUCCUCCAAACCCAAAUUCCUGAUUAAGGACUAAUAUGGGAGAGCUGCUGUUACUGCUGCAUCAGAGAAAAUAAUCUGCGGCCUCGCCGAAAGGGAUUUGUAAUGAUACCUUCACAGAGGACCUGCACGGUUGAGAAGAACCUCUAGCACUAGGAACUCAUGCGUUCUGCUACAAAAAUGCAGGUUUAGCAUGUUAUAGCUUCCUACUUUUUCAUUAUGGGAAAUAAAACAAAAUGUGCAUUAAAUGCUC